GACUCAGCCGGCAUGUUGGGUGUUGUUGGAGGUUUCCUGACCUCCCGGACGGUGCUGACAGAAGCAGGACGAUGCACAGGGAGAACGGUUAUAAACAGGGAAACAGAGAUUAGAGCAGGAUGAGUAUCAGACAUGUUAUCUGGGGACCAAGUACCUGAGGAUGGGACGGAAGAGCAGAGCAAACCAACUAAAGGUAGUGCGUCUUUAAAAUCAGUGGAGGAAACCCUUCCAGCACGGGACCCUGUGAGCAGAGGAAACACCACCCCCCCUGACCUCAUCAGCACCCAGCCUCAGCCCGCUGCAGCCCGAGGAGCCGAGGCCUCACAGGAGGGGGCGGGGCUUAAGAGGCCUCAGUGUGACCUCCAGAAGCCCACCUGCCCACGAUGUGGCCUCACAGCCCCGGACCACCAGCUGCCCCGCUCCUCCACAGACCCCCGGCGGCCCCCCCCCCUCCCUGCUGCAGGGCCUGUCGGUGCACAGCGGGGGCAGCAGGAGGAGCGGGGGGGCAGGAUCACAUCCCCCCACUGCUACUCCUGCUGCCACAGACUCCUGUUUUGCUCAGUGCUGAUCCUGGGUCUGUUGGAAGCCUGCUCCUCCUGCCUGCACACCUUCUGCGCCUCCUGCUGCCAUGCCUGCGCCCGCUGCUGCUCGGCCAUCCAGGAGGCGCCGGUGGAGGAGCUGAACUGCCACGCCCACUGCCACUCGGUGAUGUUCGAGUCCUGCUGCGAGCCCACCGAGUUGCUCGAGUUCUGUCUGGAGUGCUGCGACAUCUGCCAUCGCAGCUAGGACGCCUGAGGACUUGCAUAUAAGACAUUAAAGCCAAUGUGGGAUUUCUCACUGCAACGAGAAUUCAAUGGAGCCCUAAAAAAACACAAUCACCAAUUUAUCUACUAAUUGCUCUUACACCAAAU